UUUGACCCCUCUCUCUCUCUCUCUCUCUCUCUCUCUCUCUCUCUCUCCAUUUCUUUUCAGAGUCUGGGGAUGAUUGAAUGAUAUAAGGCGCGGUGGUUCGUCGCUCCCAAUUUUGUUUCUUCCUCAUUCUAUUGGUUCCGAAGCUUUUUAGGGUUUCCAAUUUUUGUUGCACAGAAAAAACCCUUUUUCUUUAACUCUCGAUUUCUUGAUCGCCAUGUCCAAAAGGGUUCUCUGCAAGUUUUUUGCACAUGGCGCCUGUUUGAAAGGGGAGCAUUGUGAGUUUUCACAUGAUUGGAAGGCUUCACCAAAUAAUAUAUGUACCUUUUAUCAGAAAGGAGCUUGUGCAUUUGGUAGUCGAUGCAGAUAUGAACAUGUCAAAGCUUCUCGGGCUCAGUCUUCAGGCUCAUCUUCAUCAACAAAUUCUCAGCCAUCCCUUGCUGUUGAUUCUGCAUCUCUGGCACUUCCUGUGAGAACCUUAGCAAGCAGAGUUUCUCUUGCACCCCUCUCUCUUUCAGAACUCUCUGCUUCAAGUAUCCCUUUCUUACCUCCCUCUAAACCUGCCUGGAAUGGUUCUCUGGAGGAUGACUAUGAAAAUGACGAAGUUAAUGUUGGGGAGACUUGGAGUACUAGACCAGAAGAUCGUGCUAUUUGUUCAUUUGCUGCAGCUGGUAGUUGUCCUCGUGGAGAAAAAUGUCCUCAUAUUCAUGGAGAUUUAUGCCCCAGCUGUGGAAAACAUUGCUUGCAUCCUUACAGACCUUUGGAAAGGGAGGAGCAUAUGAAGACAUGUGAGGAAAAGCAGAAGCAACUUGAGGCUUUGAAACGUAGUCAAGAAAUAGAAUGCAGUGUUUGCCUAGAACGUGUUUUGUCAAAGCCCACAGUUGCUGAGCGGAAGUUUGGAAUACUCUCAGAAUGUGAUCAUCCUUUUUGCAUAUCUUGUAUUAGAAAUUGGCGCAGCAGUUCCCCAACUUCUGGCAUGGAUGUCAAUAGCGCAUUGAGAGCUUGCCCAAUAUGUAGGAAGCUGUCGUACUUUGUCAUUCCAAGUGUCAUUUGGUAUAACUCAAAAGAAGAGAAACAGGAAAUUGUUGAAAGCUACAAGGCAAGGCUCAGGUCAAUUGAUUGCAAACACUUUGAUUUUGGAAAUGGGAACUGCCCAUUUGGAACUAGUUGUUUUUAUAAGCAUGCAUACCGAGAUGGCCGUUUAGAGGAAGUAGCACUGCGUCAUAUUGGAAAUGAAGAUGGUCAGACGGUGAUAGCUACAAAUAUUAGGUUUUACCCUGUACCUUUGAUCAUUUCCUCCAUUUAUUUUCCUUUUCAUACUAAAUCUGUGAUGUUUUCAGGUUGUCAGACUUUCUGUCUGAUCUGCACAUAAGGUGAACAGUGCCGUUUCAAUGUCCCAAUGAUAUUCUUUUUUCAUCAAGAACACAUCCGCAGCUCUCAUGCUGGUUUUUCAAAUGGAAAGUGGAAUGCUCCGGUGGUUUGCAAGAAUUGGUUGCUGGAUGGCUACAUCCAGUUGUGUGAGAGUCGACAUGCUUGGUUGCCGUGAACUACAUUUAACAGAAUUCUAAAUAAAGUUAUUAUUGAGUGCAUGAGUGUAUGUUCAGAAUUUUGACAAUUAUGCAAUGUGCCCGUCUGUGACUUGGAUGAGUGUCUUCAGAUCGGGACGAUAAGAUAGUCUGGAUAACCGCAAGUGUCAUCAAAUAUCAAACUGGUUGGGGGCUGUGUACAUACAUACACAAAUGGCUAGUUCUUUAAAGGGACUUUUAUAUCGCCGGCAGUAGACACUUUGAUAAAAUUAAAUGCCUUUUGGAUGAUGCCUUUGGGGUUAUUUGUCAUGUUUUUGUUCUUCUGAUCAAACAAGAAUGGUACUCAUUCAAGUAGAAGAUUCAACGAUGGAUGCCUGCAGGUAGGGUACUCCGGCAAUUUCCCAAUUUAUUGUUUGUUGUUUUAGCAUCAUUGCAUUCAGAAGGUUAUAUUGGUCUUAAUUUAUCAGGUUAUAUGAGUCCAGUUUGGAGUAAAUUUCCUU